CGCAUCAUGUCCGUCCCCGCCCCUCUCGCUUUGUGGUAAACAUGUCCAUGGAGUCCUGCUCUAAAUUGCUCUCCAGAAUUAAGAGAAUACGACCCUGUCUUCUUGACAUGAAGACCGGCUGUCCGUAUGUCAUAAGGCGUUUCACAUCCGAGCUGAAAGGCAUGAUGCCAAUUAAACCACUAGAUGGCAUCAGAGUCUUAGACCUCACCAGAGUCUUGGCUGGUCCUUUUGCCACAAUGAUCCUGGGAGAUCUGGGGGCAGAGGUCAUCAAAGUUGAGCGACCAGGGUUGGGAGAUGACACCAGAGAGUGGGGACCUCCAUUUGUACACAAGGAGAGUGCUUAUUUCCUCAGUGUGAACAGGAAUAAAAAGAGCAUUGCUGUUAAUUUUAAAGAUCCGAAGGGGGCCAAACUGAUAACAGAGCUUGCCAGAAGUUGCGAUGUACUGGUGGAAAAUUAUCUUCCCGGUAAACUGGAUGAGAUGGGACUCGGCUAUAAGGAUAUGAGUGAAGCAGUUCCGCAAAUUAUCUACUGUUCCAUCACAGGAUAUGGUCAGACUGGACCCAAGUCACACAAACCAGGAUAUGACUCUAUAGCAUCUGCUAUGUCUGGGAUGAUGCACAUCACAGGUCCUGAGGACGGGGAUCCAGUGAGGCCUGGAGUUGCCAUGACAGAUCUGGCUACUGGAUUGUAUGCUCAGGGGGCGGUGAUGGCUGGCCUGCUGCAGAGGCAGAAGACUGGACGAGGUCUUCACAUCGACUGCAACCUGCUCUCAUCUCAGGUGGCUUGCCUCACUCAUAUUGCUGCGAACUACCUCAACGCAGGAAAAGAGGCCAGAAGAUGGGGAACGGCUCACGAGAGUAUCGUCCCAUAUCAGGGCUUCAAAACAAAAGAUGGAUACAUUGUUGUGGCUGCUGGGAAUAAUCAGCAGUUUGUCAAAGUGUGCAAAGUCCUGAACCUAAACGAGCUGGCCGAAAAUCCCAAGUACAAGACCAACACGUUACGAGUCCAGCACCGCAAAGAGCUGCUUCAGCUUCUGGCUGAGAGGUUCUCAGUGGAGUCCACGGCUAAAUUGCUGAGACACUUUGAAGGCACCGGAGUCCCCUGUGGCCCCAUUAACACCAUCCAGCAGGUGUUUUCCGACCCACAGGUCCACACUACCUCUGCGCAAGGACAAGCACACAAACACGAUGCUAAUUCUGUAGCUGUAAAGGCAGCUCAUGACACACGGCAGACUUGCAGUCCUGCGUUCCAGUUUAUAAAGAGUAAAGGAACAACACCAUAUGGCAGAAACGUGGAAUAAACAAAAUAACAAAAGACAUGCAAUUAUGCGGCAGGAUACAAAGCUUGCUGUGCUUUUCACCCAGCCUUCUACAGCCAAAGGCGAAGGAUGCAUGGAUUAAACCUAGGAUUAAGAAGAUGAACAGCGAAGAAAACGUCAAUGAAAUUAACCCAUGGAGAAAAAAAAAAAUGGCUUGACGCUUGUAUUUGUGUGAAGUGUUCAAGUGUAUACUUUUGUAUGUGAUGAAACGGUACCCAAGAGGGAGUCAGUUAGUAGGGUUACUAUUGAGGAUGAUGGUGUAACACGAUUAAAGCUAGUCUCUGGAGGAUGUUGAUCCACAAUUAGAAAGCUGUGAAAAUUCCACAGGGAUCUUUAUUUAUGGAGUUAGGAAUAAGGUAACAGAGUGUGAUGUUAUAGGAGGAACGCGAUCAAUCAGUACGUUUACAUGGACAACAAUAAUCCGAUAUUAACCCGAUUAAGACGAUACUCUGAGUAAGAAACUAGCAUGUAAACAGCGAUUACUGAUGACCUUAAUCCGAUUAAAGUCAUACUCGAAGUAAACACAAAUGGAAUUAAGACGUGUGGAGUAUUUCCUGUUUUAGUCGCAUUAUCGACGUGCGUUACAGACAUGUACACACCUUAAUCACACUGUUAACGUCGUGUGAGAGUUUUCACCGCAUUUUGCGACAGGACACGUACACACACGGCAGCGCUCAACCGUUUGACGGCAAACAAGAGAGCACGGCUGCGUCCCAAACCGCGUACUUACCUGCUGUAUAGUAGGAGAAAUACAUGUAUCUCGGCUACUAUAUAGUAGGUGGUUUGGGACGCAGCCAACGGCUUCAAGCAGUCGUCUAUUUGCACGUACAGCAUGACAAAUAAUUGACCGCACUUGAAGCGUUCGUAAAAUUAAAAAUGAAACACCCAAAACUGUAUACGGUCCCAUAACGAAGACCAACUGUAUGUCGAUGCGUGAAAUUCUGGAGGGGACGUCGGACGUCGUGGCGCGGUGACGUAAUGACGUGUGCCGUCAAUCGAUCUAUGUUCUAUAACAUGUAAAACCUGAACAUGAAAGGAACAUUCUAAAAGCGACUCAUGUAAACACCGUAAUCAGAAUAUUGUCUUAUUCAGAAUAAGGUCAAUAAUUAGAUUACUGCUGUCCAUGUAAACGUAGUCAAUGACACGGUACAGUGAUUAUCACUUCUAAUAUCAGCAGUUUCCCAGUGAUUACAAUUUGUAAUUUAGUAACGAAAAAUAUCUAUCAUACUUCUUUUUUUUAUCCAUUUAUUGUUACAUUUAAUGCUGUGGAAUAUCUUUGAGACAAGAUAGAAGAGCUAUCACUUUUGUUAUGGUAACUAUUAACAGUCAUCCUCUCUCUUGUCUCUGGAGGUUAAUAAGCUAGGAAAACUGUACCUUUGGCAUGUUAACUUUAUGUUGCAAAACUCUGGUACUGGAGUCUCCUUAUAUCUUGAUAAUGUAUUAGCACGAGUGCAUUAAUGUAAAGCUGUGAUUUAAAUUGCACAGGCACUACUGUCAGAGCUGCUGUUAUAGAAAAUGAAUCAACAGCUUCUGACCAGUCAGAUUUAAGAAAGUGAGACAUCUUGAACACUCAGGCUGAGGAAAGUCAAUGGCUGAGAUCAACCAGGGCAGGUACAGAAACUACCGGAAGCGUAGACAUGGCAAUAUUGUGACAACCUUGCAUUGACGUCGUAUCACGCAGUACUUCAGUGUUGCUGUUUUCACUAAGGAUGUCAUUACUGAACCGUUUAAGAUUACAAGAUAAAGAAGCAUUCUUUUUUUCAAAGCUGCAUAACGCAGUCUGUGUCAGUGCAGGCGGAUGUAUCCCAAGAAACGCCCAGGAAAAUUCUGUCAGCUGCCAAUAAUGACUGCAUCUGGUGAAGGUCUGUUCGAGCCUUAUUCAAACCUACCCCGGAGGAAAUUAUCCAGCAAACGUGAAGAUAAAGCUGAGACGAUGGUUCAGAGGAGGGACAACACCAGUGGCAAAAAGAAAACCAGAUGGAGACAUGACUGAAAGAGGGAAGAGGUUAAGACUGUCGCAAGGUCAGGAUAAAGAUCAAUCCAGAACAAAAAUAAAGGCUUGAUUGUCAUUUUCCUAUAUAAAAAAAGGCACUGGAUUUAUAUACUGGGUUAUCAUUUCUAAAUCAUUAUCUUUUAAAAUGCUCCAUCGUGGAAUGGAAACGCGAACAGUACCUCAGAUGAAACGUUGCCAGUCUUCAGGAAACAUGUUCUGUAAUAGCAUGCUGGGUAACUUGACACUAUUGGAAUCCCGCUAUAAGUCAGAUCAGUUCCUCUGUAGGAGACGGUCUAUAACUCAAGGUGCUUCCUUCAUAACUCAUGCGUGUGUCCUCUCUCUGAAGCCAGGAGUGAUAAAGUGUUGUCCUUGAACUUAAGUAUUAUUCAAGAUUUGUCUUUUGUCAGAUCAGGUCUUUCGGUUUGUUUGCAUCCUUUGUCACUUGGUGCUUCCACUGGCUGUGUGCAAUAUGAGGAGCUUCUCCAUAUAGGAACACACCGGUCCGGUCCUCAUCAGUCUUUCAGUACAGUUGUGUGUAAAUGUUUUCUCCGGUCAAACCGAACACGACUCUCACCGGAUUUAAAGUUUCGCUAAAUCUGGUUUUCUUGGUAUUCAUGUACUGUAGAUAUUUGCCGGUCUGGGAGCCGGCCACCGUGUUGCCGGUUUUCAACAUUCAUAAAAAAAAAAAAAAAAAUGUAUCUUAAGAUCCAACUAGUUAAUCAUUUAUAAAAGAAAGCACUGUAGUACUGUUACAUAUUUUCCUCUUUUGUUAAUAUCUUUGUUAAUAAAAAUACUAGUCCAGGCUCUUGUCAUAUCAAAACUGGACUUUUGCAACGCACUACUCUGGGGUCUCUCAGCCAGCUCCGUCAAACCCCUCCAGAUGAUUCAGAAUGCAGCAGCACGCCUCGUCUUCAACCAGACCAAAAGAAAGCAUGUCACACCCCUCUUCAUCUCACUCCACUGGCUUCCUGUAGCCGCCCGUAUCAAAUUCAAGGCCUUGAUGCUCACGUACAAGACCUUGUCUGGAACAGCACCCUCCUACCUCAACUCUCUCCUUGAGGUUUACGUUCCAUCACGCAAUCUGUGAUCGAUCAGUGACCGACGCUUUGUAGUGAUUACUCAGCGUGGCUCGAGGUCCCUUUCCAGAACCUUCACACUAACCGUCCCUCAGUGGUGGAGUGAACUUAAGAACUCAAUCCGGACCAAAGAAUCUCUCACUAUCUUCAAAAAACUGCUAAAGACUGCUACCUCUUCCGUGAACACCUAACCAACUCAUAAAAAAAAAAAAACCCGUACUCUGGCUCUUACACCUCGACUCUGCGCACUUUGCUUCUCUAGAACUCAAUUAAAGAUCUUGUACGGUAGCACUACUUGUAUUGUUCUCUGCUUGAUAUAUCGCUUUGCUUGUAUUUUUCUCAUUUGUAAGUCGCUUUGGAUAAAAGCAUCCGCUAAAUGAAUAAAUGUAAAUAUCAAAUGUAAUAUUGCAUGUAUAAGUUACAAUAACUUCCUCAUUUCACAAAUGAAAUGAUAUUCGGUGCACAAUUAUAGCAACUUUCCAUCACUGCAAACACAAGUAAAAAAUAAAUAAAUAAAUAAAUAAAUAAAAAUAAUAACACUAAACCACAGGUCGCUCAGGAGAGAAGAUAACUCUAGAGUUUUGAUACAGACCUUUCCUGCAAUGCCGUUGUUUUUCUUUUCUUCAUCACAUUAAAGCCUAUUUGGAUUCUGUAAAAUCCAUUCAUCUUGAUUCUGGAUCUCAUCACUUUUGCGUUUGCGUUUGAUGAAAUCCAGCAUUCUGUCUUCUUCUUCUUCUUCUUCUUCUUCUUCUUCUUCUUCUUCUUCUUCUUCCUCUCCACCGACAAACGGCUUCGACUUCAAAUGUGUAAAGUAAACAUAAGUCCCUUUGUGAAACUUAGCCAUGUCCAACAAUAACUUCCGUAAUGCUUGCUUAUUUCUGCAAUUAUAUUUUUUUUUUGGUCCAGCUUAUGUUCAUACACAGAGGAUCAGUUUGCUCAUGUUUCAUAUCCCAUAAAUCAUAGCAGCGAGGCUCGGUUUUGGUCUGCAUGCAUGGUGGAUGUCUUCAGACAGCUGUUUUUUUUUUGUUGUUGUUGUUUUUUUGUUUUUUUUGGAUCUCAUUUUUUCAAAGCCAGCGGUUGUUUACAAAUGAGCCAGUUAUCGAUUAUCUUUGCUGCAAGCUGCACACCGGGAUCCGGUCCACACAGAUAUAAAUAUUAAUAUUAUUAAUGAAUGUCUCCACUGCACUGUUGCAUCAGCUGCCAGCCACAGAUGCUGAUCUUGAUUAUAAUAGCUAGAAGAUGUGAAAAUAUUAUGUAUUCUCAUAAAUAAAAACAGCACUUCAGUAGUUGAUAGAAAGAUGUUCUUGCUAUUGUGUGUGUAAGGGACUUUUAUUUAUUUACUCAGAUUCAUUUGUUCAUUUCACUUUCUUUUAGAUUAAUUAUUUCAACCUUUUAAAUCUUUUCCUUUUAAAUCAACCCCUCUGCUUUCACAAAAAGCUAUUAUUUUCAGCUUUGAUUCUGAUAUAUAAAUUACUCAUUCCAUCUUUCAUCACUUUUCAACAUUUGGAAAGAAUUUUCUGCCUUUUUUUUUUUUUUUUUUUUAAUUCUUUUUUUUUUUUUCUUCUUCCAGAUAACUUGCCUGAAUUAAUAGCUUUGUAUUUAAAGCAAUUUAGCUUGAAUCUUGUUUGUUUUUACGCUAGUCUAAAUGCAGCACAUAGCAAUCAGACACGUCAGGCCCCAAAUUAUCUAUCGUCUGAAUAAAAAUGGCGGACAAUUAGCCAACAAAUAAUAACACUUUGAAGGGCUGCCAAAGAUCGUAAAACUUCAAGUUUGCUGCGUUACUCUUUGGUUUUGUCUCUGGCCGAUGGGAGAGGAACCUUUAGCCAGCUGCUCACAAUAACAGAUAAUUACUGACCUUAGUGUCUCACACCAGAUUUUUCCUACAAGAGUUAGCAAGCAGCAGGAAUUGUCUGCGCCCCCAUGGGCUUUCUAAUGCGCCCGCAUGACCCAACAACCAAGUCUUACAAGCAUUACCAACUUUCUAUAGUAGCAAUACAUUUAUAGUUUAUUUUUCUUUUCCAGGCACACAGUGGAGGCUUCAUUCACGUGUAUUAAUACAGGGUUGGAGAAAUUAUGAGCGUAUUUGCUAGUUAUGUUCAUUCAUACAGACUAAGGAAAACAAAUUAGUUUCAUUCUCCUAUUCUAACAAACGUUUGGUGAGAAGGCCUGGCCCACAGUUGGCGUUCCGGUUCAUCUCAAAGGUGUUCAGUGGUUCCAUGUCAAACCCUGUCUUCAUGGAGCUCGCUUUGUGCACAGGGGCAUUGUCAGGCUGGAACUUAGUUCCAGUGAAAGGAAAUUGUAAUGCUACAGCAUACAAAGACAUCCUAUACGAUUGCGUGCUUCCAACUUUGUGGCAACGGUUUGGAGAAGAACGACGUAUGGGUGUGAUGGUCAGGUGUCUACAAACAUUUGGACCUAUAGAGUGUAUUGUAGUGAACCAAAUAGAAUGGCAUGAAAGACAUUGGGAGGAAUGUUAGAAGUUCACUGAACCAUGUAUUUAAUGAUUUAAUCUAACGUACCAGUAAACAGGCAGAUUCUUAGAUUCAAAAGAGCGCAGACGAUUAAGAAAUACUAGACGAUCUUGGCAUGGGUGGUGGAGUACGAGUGUCUUAGAACGACACUGCAGUGGUGUACUUCCUUAACGGAUCGCUGGUACACAUUGCUUCAUCAUAUAAAAUGCAUUCAGGAACAAUCGUGUCAGUUCAUCUAUGUUCUCCUGUACUGUUCUACAAAUCAGCUGUUAUUGAACCGUGCUUGCUUUUUCAUGUAAAUUGAUCUCGGUGAAAUUGUGAGUGCGCAGUGAUCUCUCCAAACCUGCCUGAUUCAUCUCGAUGCUCUAUUUCUGCUUGGAGCUCGUACCUAAAGACUUCUGUUGUUGAACACCCUUUUGACACACUCAGUGAUGUGACUUUAUAUUGUCCAGCUAUAGUAUUGAAGAGUAAUGAUUUAUAGGUUUUUUUUUUAUUUAUAGUUCUUCCCCUUACCACUGUUGCAUUUGGCUUGAUGUAAAUCUACAUCCAGAUUUCUAUAAAGCUGCUAUAAAGAGGCAUGUUUACACUCGGUCAUAUUUCAUGUGAAUAUGACCGAGUGUGAACAUGUGUGAACAUCUCCUGGAGAAAUGCUAUGAGGGCUCACUACAGUAGUAAUUAUUUGGCCACUCAUCCAGGCCCAGAUCCAUUUUUGGCGAACUUAAGCUCCUGUGAAAACAAUGAACUCGUGUUUUGUUACUUAAUCAGUUUGAGUCUUUUAUGAAGCUUUGUUAUCCCAGCCUUCAGGACUCCAGCCUCCCCUUUUCACUCCCGUACUCGCCCAAUUAUCAAGAUCCAAUCAGAA